GAUUGGCCCUUCUCAUCGUUUACAAAGAUGUGCACCUUCCCGAGUGACACAGAAGCAGCUGGUCGUACCAAAGCCGUAUUCCAGAUGGCUAUUCUACUCUUGCGGGCAAUUUUCCAUGAUGACGGUGGGGGCGGCCGUUCACAGGCGUUGGGGUUGCUGCUGCCUUGGCUUCCUGGUUUUUUUAGCUGGCCUGAACUAUUGGCGUCACCCGACUUUUGGGUUGCGUCGAUAUGCGGACAUGGCGGCUGUCUCAAUCACAGUGAUAUACCACAUGUGUGUGGCUUUGGGAGUGGUCGGUGGCGGCAUCAAUGCCUCGCUGGCAGCUUUCUGGUGCCCUCCCCUACGACCAUUGAUGGGAGUUGGGCCAUCAGUGCCAGCCCUUGGCCCUAUAGGCUAUGCGCUUCUGACUUUUGCGUUUGUCGCAAUGUACAUGCGGGCAAGGCACCAUGCUUCGCGCAAAGAGUUUCACAUUAGUACCCCAUGGCAUUUGGGUGUACAUCUCCUGGGCAAUCUUGGAAACCUUAUGCUUUAUCCUGGCUUGCGCCCGAAGUGA